AUGGUGCGCCCAAAUAUGUUUCCCGAAGAUAUUGUAAGUGAUGAUACAAAAUCGAAUGUAGUGAAGGAUGAUGUUAAACUGGAUAAAGUGAAGGAUGAUGUUAAACCAUUUUUUGUCGAGAUAGAUGUUGGUCAAUAUUUUAGAAAUGAAACACUAUUUAUUACUCGCGAACAUAUGCUUGAAUGGGUUCGCAUGGAGGCCAAAAAAUUGGAGUUUGGCGUUGUAUUCAGAAGGUCUGACAAUGGUUCAAACAGAAGGUAUAAAGUUUGUGAGGAUAAAGUCAUUGUCCGUGACAUAUUUUGGACUCAUCCCAAAAAUAUCAAGUUGUUCAACACAUUUCCCAAUAUUCUCAUAAUUGGUUCAACGUAUAAGACCAAUAAGUAUAGGCUUCUACUUCUGGGAAUUGUUAGCGCUACUUCUACAAAGAAGACUUUUUCAGUGGGAUUUGCAUUUUUGGAAUCCGAAAAAGAGGUAACCGUUACAUGGGCCUUGGAAAUGUGUAAGACUUUGUUGAAGGAACAUGAAAACAUGUCAAAUGUAAUUGUCACUGAUUGA